GAGUCUCGCUGACAAUUCUACCUUCGCUACCUAUAUAGCGAUAACUAGUUAAAAUGGCGACUUCACCAGUUGCCGUCGUGUGCGUCGGUAUGGCCGGCUCCGGCAAGACGACGUUCAUGCAGCGCAUCAACAACUACCUUCACGUUAACAAGAAGAAACCCUACGUUUUGAACCUGGAUCCCGCGGUUCUCAAUGUCCCAUUCCAACCGAACAUCGAUAUCAGAGACAGUAUCAAUUACAAGGAAGUUAUGAAACAAUAUAACCUGGGUCCAAAUGGUGGCAUUCUUACUUCGCUCAACCUCUUUGCAACCAAGAUCGACCAGAUCAUUACGUUACUCGAGAAGCGCGCAAACCCUCCCGCGGAUAGCAAGAUCGUUCCUCCGCAGCACUUCCUCGUCGACACACCCGGGCAAAUCGAAGUGUUCGUCUGGUCUGCUUCCGGCAGCAUCCUACUUGAAUCCCUUGCCUCUAGUUUCCCCACGGUCAUCGCAUACAUUAUCGAUACGCCGCGGACAUCUUCAACCUCGACAUUCAUGUCAAAUAUGCUGUACGCAUGCUCGAUAUUGUACAAGACCAAACUACCGAUGAUCCUAGUGUUCAACAAGACCGACGUUCAGGAUGCGGAAUUUGCGAGAGAGUGGAUGACAGACUUUGAGAAGUUUCAGGAAGCCCUACGAGAAGAAGAGAGCAAGGGCGUAUUUGGAGGCGAAGGGUUUGGCGGUAGCGGCUACAUGGGGAGCCUGCUCAACAGUAUGAGCCUGAUGCUUGAAGAGUUCUAUUCCCAUCUGAACAUGGUUGCCGUGUCGAGUAUGACCGGUGACGGUAUUGACGACUUUUUCGAGGCGGUCGAGGAGAAGAAGCAAGAGUUCGAGCGUGAUUACAGACCCGAAUUAGAGAAGCGACGCAAAGAGCGAGAAGCCGAAAGUGCUGCCAAACGUGAGCACGACUUGACCAAAGUUAUGAGAGACAUGAAUGUCAACCCCCGACCGAAAGCAUCAGAAUCACGAGCGGCAAAAGAAGGAACUUCGGACGAGGAAGUGGAAGAAGAAGAGGCGGUUGACGGAGAUGAAUACCCAGACGCCGAACGAGAAGACGAAGAUGACGAAGGGUUGAAACGAAGAUACACCAAUACUCUACGUGAGCAAGGUAUCGUGGUUGAUGACGACGACCCUGCCGUUGCACAGAUGAUAGCAGCGACGAAACGAGCCGUUCAAUAGACGGGUCCAGAGGAACGCAACAAAAUGUUGAAUGAUGCCCUAGCAUGAGAUACCCCGAUGGUGGAGUUUUAGGUCUAGUUUUCACGGUGGUUGCCAGCAAUGAAGAACAUGGUGUUUUGGAUUAACUCAGUCCCAAGAUUGUGCGCUUCCCUCACAGAUACUUCUUGAACCAUUCGCCCGCGAUCCCAUAUGCUCUCUGAUAUUCGUCCUUGACUCUCUGGUCGCUCAGGUCCGCUCGCGCACUCAUCCAACCAUGGAUCUGGUCGGGGAAGAUUUCGACAUGUUUGGGAGCCUUGGUCAAAUUCGCAUCAUACCUGGCAACUUCGUCGGCGUUCUCAUCCAUACUGGGCAGCAUGCACACGGGGAUGCCUAUCUCGGCGGCUUCGCUGGGGUCGAUCAAACCUGGAUGAGCCUGGACGAUGACACUGAUUUUGAAUUGGGGCGGUUUCUGUCCCUGGGUGGCAUGAUCGCCAGUCGUCGAGGCCUGGGCUUGGGCUUGCUGGACGGCGAGUAACGAACUCAUCUUGCCUCCCCAGCAGUACCCCAUGAUCCCCCACCUGUCACCGUCGACGGAAGGGUACUUGUCUUUUGCCGAGGCCAAAAGGCCCGGGAUCUUGGGCAGAUGCAUGUCGGGCGUCGCGUACGUCUUGAACCACUCCCACACGGCGGCGGUUUCUUCCGGGUUGCGUGGCGGGAACAGCUUCACGUCGGCAGGGUUGGGACCGAAGAAAUCCGGCAUCAACAAAAUGGCGUCGGGGAGCAUGGACGAAAGAAUGUCCGCUCCCUGUAUCGUCUAUGGGAAGUAUCCAAAGGCGUCGUACAGUGUCAAGAUGGCACGCGUGGCUGUCGAAGGCCCCGUCGCGUCUGUUUUUGUGCCAGGCAGACAGAGAGGUUAGAACAACGCAUGUAUGUCGUGGUCUCGACUUUUUCUUGGGCCGGUCGGCGGGACUUGAGCAGGAGACACAAGCGGGAAAAGAGAGAUAGGUCAUAUAAUCUCAGCCUCUGGAGAUGGAGGAGUAAAACCCGUCCAUGGUGUAAGAGAACGAACAGAGAUAAGACUUACAGGUCUUUGUGCCAUCAAGUUCUAUCCAUUGACCCUUGGGUUCGUACCCUUCUGAUAUGACUGGAGGGGUUCUAUCAAGGGGUCAGUAGACCAUGUCUGGAAUUACCAGGAUCACCUGGAUUAUCAUGAUGACGGGGGGUAGACCAACGUGCAACAAGCUUGGCUAUGUUGUGGUCGAGACAUUUUGUCGUGUCUUUUUCUGCUUCGGUACAAGUGCUCUAGAGUGAUAUUUGAUGUCUGAUACCUGGGCCUGUUUGAUGACGAAAAUAACUAAGUCGCUAUGUGGUAAGGGUAUAGGAUCAACAAUGCC